AUGAGCGAAAAAAUCUAUGUGAUUCGACGAAAAAUCACAAAGGUUACUCCAACACCCAUUCCAGAUACAACGUUCAGACCACCAUCAGCACGUAGAGUUACUCAACAAGAACCUAUACCUACAACAGAAUAUUUCGAGAGAUUAUCAAGAGUAAAACCGCAACCAGAAGAAGAGGAAAUUGAAGAAAUACCAACAUAUACUAAUGCACCACCUGAAUACCAGGAGGUAGACUUCAGAGUUACGCAUGGACUACUCCAACGAAAUGAAUAUAUUAUUAACAAAAACGUAAAACGAGAAAUUGAAAGGAAAAAUGCUGAGCCUGUUGAAUUUAACAAAUGGCAGCAAAAAAUGAAGAAAAAGGAUGAAGACCAGAGAAAAGAUUUGAUUGCAAAAAGGCACUCAGAUCUUGAUAAGUGCAGAAAGCGUGCAAAAAAAGCCAAAGAAAACUUGAUCAAAGAACAAUUAAAUAAUGGAUCUCAAAUACGUUCUGAAAUACGAAAACAAUUAGAACAAACUCAAGCUGAAAUUGAUGCAGAACGAGAUGAAAUAAGGCGACUAAAGAGAGAGAUAGUUGAUGGUGCUCCAAUUGCUGUUGCAAAAAUGAUUAAAAAAAAUCGAGAUGAGACUAAGCAGAUGAAAGAGCAAUACAGAGAUGAUCUUCGUCUUAUCAAGCGCCAGCAAACAAUUGAAAGAGAAACUCGGGUUGCUCAGGCAAACAAAGUUCGAGAGGCCGCCAAAAAUCAUGAAUUAACAAAUAGAGAUCGAUAUGUUUCUCCAAUUUCAAUCACAACUUCUCAUUUUCUCGCUGAUCUAACAGAUGAAGAAACGGAAAAACUUCGCGCCGAAAAUUUAGCUGCACAAAAACAAAAAGUACAAGAUUUAAUUGAACAACACCGCAGAGCAAAAGAAGAAAAGAUCAAUCAUAUGAUAGAAUUACUAAACAAAGAAACAGAAUAUAGAGCGAAGCAAGAAGAAGAACAUGAAAGAGCUCGUCAAGCCAAAAAGGAAAUGGAAAUGAAGAUUUUAGAAGAGAAAGAAAAAGAAGAAGCAGAGAAAAUGCUAGCUCUGGAAAAGAAACUUGAAAAGAAGAGGAAUGCAAGGAUAAAAGAAGCCGAAGAAGCUGAAGAACACAUGAAGCAGAUACAAGCUAGAAAUAGAUAUCUAGCAAUAAAUAAAAAGGCAAUGAAGGAAAAAGCUUUUCAAGCCAAAACAGAUGGAAACUUGAGAACAGCAAAAGAAAGACAAAUGUCACAACUUAAAACGGAAGAUAGGAAUACGCAACCAAAGAAGAAAAAGAUUGAGCCAGAAUUGACUAACUUAAAGAGCCUUCUUGGUAUCUAG